AUGUUCAUGAUAUUUCUUAAUACUCUCGUGCCCAAUACACGGGGCUUCAGUGUCGAAGUCUGCUCAGGUUUCAAUUCCAUCCACCAGCCUCAAAGCCAGUAUACCUACAGUCCUGAAAUGUGGGAUUAUUCAACUUUGCAAUUUUUUCGUUAUAACCCCCCAGAUGGGGUUUCCUACGAGACAGCGUCUGCGGAAGAGAUCCCUUGCCGCAAUACGGCUGCACAGAGACGAAAGGAAUCACUGUUGGCUGCCAUUGCCCUUCAUUGGAGUGAUAGCAGGGUAACUGUUCUUUGCCCUUUCUGUAGCAAAACGCACGUCCAUGGUAUCAGCCACUUUAGGUAUCAUGGCGCGACGGGGUGGAGGAUUCAGGACGACUUGGGGCGUUACAUUUACGAUGGUCCGUCUCCAACGCGUUGCGAUUCGAGAGUGGCUCAAUGUGAAAAAAAAGAUUCGGAUGUAGAUAUCGAGUAUGUGAUUAUCUUCCCAUUCGAGAACGAUUGUAGGGUUGCCGGAUUAUCUUUCGAAAUCGAACGGAUACCUGAUGAUGAUGACACGAAGCUGGAAGAACGAUUCCGCACGGUUGGCCUGAAAACGAUACCUGCGGACGUUCUGGAGGAGCUGGAAAGCUGCUAUCCGGACGAAUCAUCUGAGCCUUCUGAGCUUGCGGACAGGCUACAAGACGUAGCUCUAGAAGAUGGGGACUACGACAUCAUAUCCGAGCGAGAUGGAGUAGAAGAAGUAAUGACUGAACGUGCCUCUGUCUAUUUAGCAUCGGCGGCUUGUUGUGGAAGCGUGAAUGAAAUGAGACCAUAUCUUGAGGGUUCGCCAAAUCCCACUGCACUACUUCAGUUUAAGGAUAAGGAUGGCCUCUCCUUGCUGGCCCUGGCAGUGCCUAACGGACACCGCAAAGCUGUCGAAUACCUUUUGGAACUCGGUUCCAAUGUCAAUGUAACGGAUGCCAAAGGACGAACACCGCUGAUGGAAGCCGCCCUUUGGAGUCAUCCAAAAAUUGUUGAGCUCUUGCUUGAAGCUGGCGCAGAUGGCUCUCUAAAGGACCGGCGCGGCAUGACGGCAGGGAAUUUAGCGGAAGAGUCUGAGAGGAAUGAUCGGGAGAGACAUAAACGACAUUCUAAGUACUCAGAGGACCCGUUCAUUAAGAAAAGGCAUAGAAGGCUGAUUCGGGCCUUACUGAAGCAUACACCUGCGAUGAGUACCUCAACGGGCAUACAGCCUGAUCUGGCAGACCUCACAGACGCAUUCUUCUACAAGUCUCUGUCUGCCGCGACAAUAUCCCUAGUCAUUCCCCGGCAAGGAAUAGAAAUACUUACUCAAUCCAAGACUGCGGCCGUUCUCGUUCGCGGCGGUGCUUUCCCCCCGGUAGUCGCAGUAAGCGGCAGGACCAAUCCCGUACACUCCGAGUUUAGGUCACCAGAGGCCGGGUAUUUGAGAUUAAAUGAAGGAUAUUGGGGAGGGGUUGAGAAUUUUGCCAUCGCCGAAGCCAUAGGCUUUUCCUUUGAAUCAGACCGUCGUGAUAAGGCUGGUGUAGAGGGAAGUUUCAACGCGUCUCAUGCUGAGGCCCAGCUAAUGUGCUUUUUUGUGACGAGGAAUUAUAUCUUUCGGAAUUUCGAGGCAGGACAGGUUCAAUAUGGUGACGAUUUCCUGCAACUCUUUAUGUUGCAGGAGAGGAAUCGUCAAGCUAAAAUUAUCGUAAGCCAAGAACCAUGCCCGUCCUGCAGAGCCUUAAGGGACCGCAUACUGGACCGGCUAGGAAUCGACUUCUCCCUUUCAGAGUGCUCGGGGUGA